AAUAAGGAACGCCCACGAGUCAAGCUUCGAUUGUGUGUUCGGGUGUUUGUGAAACGUCUGCUAGGAUGGCAGGGCUAAAGUUAAAUUGGCUAUUAUUUAUUAAUUUAAUAUUAUGUAUUAUAUUAUCCGUAGCUGGGAGGGAUUUUUAUAAAAUACUAGGUUUAUCGCGUGGUGCCAGCACACAUGAAGUAAAAAAGGCUUACAGACGAUUAGCAAAAGAAUUACAUCCUGAUAAGAAUAAAGAUGAUCCGGAUGCUUCCCAAAAAUUUCAAGACCUGGGAGCGGCUUAUGAAGUAUUAUCAGAUCCUGAAAAGAGACGAACAUAUGACAAAUGUGGAGAGGAAUGUUUGAAAAAGGAUGGCAUGAUGAACAACAAUAUGGAUCCUUUUUCAAGUUUUUUCGGCGACUUUAAUUUUGCUUUUGGUGGAGAGCCACAGCAUCCUCAGGAAACUAAAGGUGCAAAUGUUAUAAUGGAGUUGUAUGUCACUUUAGAAGAAUUAUACAGUGGGAAUUUUAUUGAGAUUACAAGAAAUAAGCCUGUUAUGAAGACGACAAAGGGUACCAGAAAAUGCAAUUGUAGACAAGAAUUAGUUACUCGUUCUUUAGGAAGUGGCAGAUUUCAAAUGAUACAACAACAAGUGUGUUCCGAAUGUCCAAAUGUUAAGCUAGUGAAUGAGGAACGUAUAUUAGAAGUGGAAGUUGAACUAGGAAUGCUAGAUAAUCAAGAAAUUAAAUUUACUGCUGAAGGGGAACCACAUCUUGAUGGAGAUCCAGGAGAUUUGAUAUUAAAAAUACAAACUCUACCUCAUCCUAUUUUUGAAAGAAGAGGCGACGAUUUGUAUACAAACAUUACGAUAUCUUUGCAAGAAGCAUUAGUAGGUUUUACAGUGGAUAUCAAGCAUCUAGAUGGUCAUAUGGUGACUGUUCAAAGGGACAAAAUUACCAAGCAUGGUACCCGUAUUCGAAAGAAGAACGAAGGAAUGCCUAAUUAUGAUAAUAAUAAUAUUUAUGGCUCCUUGUAUAUUACUUUCGAUGUUUUAUUUCCUGAUAACGAAUUUACAGAAGAACAGAAAGAAGACAUAAAAAAGUUACUGCAAAAAGUUCCGUGAACCGAAUAUACAAUGGUAUACAUGGUAAUUAAAUAUAUUUAAUGCAAUGUACAAAUGAAUGUAAUCUGUGAGUAAGUUGAUUGGAAUGUAUGUCUUGAUAUAUGUAUGUUUGUAUUAGAGAGAGGGAGAGGUUACUUGCUUCCUUAUUAAAGAAUAUCAAUUGGAUUGUAAUAAUGUGAAUACCACAGUUGGAUAAAUUGAAUACACAUUUCACAUAAGUUUCGUCAUCUCAGUAUAUCCAUAUAUAUGUGUAUGUAUAUAUAUAUAUAUAUAUAUAUAUAUGUUUUAUCUAGAUACAAAAGACUGGUUAAACCUAUUUCUUGUUGUCAAUUACUUAAAUUCAUAUUAAUGAUAAUUAAGUAAUUUAUUUAAUAGUAAAAUUUAAAUUGUUAUAGUUUAUUUUUUGGCUCUGAAUCAUGUAACUGAAAUGUGUGAUCAAAUUUUGCAUUUAAUAUCACAAAAUAAGAACGAUAAAAAAAACGCAUGGAGGAAUUCCUUGCGUUAUAACAAAAAAAUUCUGAACCAUCACUGAACGCGCACGAAGAUAAUGAUUAUAGUAUCUCAUGAUAAAAAUAAUAAACGUGCGAUAUAUUUAUAGUUCAUUUUUUUAAUUCACAUAUAUCUAUGUAAAUCGAAAAUGUAAAUUAUUAUAGUAAAAUUAUACUCGAUUAUUAUAAAAAAA